AUGCCUCGGCGCGCGCCGCCUGCGCCCGGGCCCCGGCCACCGCCUCGGGCCGCCGCCGCAGGGCCACCAACGCCACCGCCACGGCCGCCGCGGGGGGCGCGCGGAGGAACGGCGGGCCCGGCGCUGCUGCUGCUGCUCGCGCUGCCCACCGCCUGCUCCGCGCCGCCGCGCCCCGUCUACACCAACCACUGGGCAGUGCAAGUGCUCGGCGGCCCGGCCGCGGCGGACCGCGUGGCCGCGGCGCACGGCUACCUCAACUUGGGCCAGAUUGGAAACUUGGAAGAUUACUACCAUUUUUAUCAUAGCAAGACAUUUAAAAGGUCAACCUUGAGUAGCAGAGGCCCCCACACCUUCCUCCGAAUGGAUCCACAGGUGAAGUGGCUCCAGCAACAAAAAGUGAAACGCAGGGUGAAGAGACAAGUCCGGAACGAUCCGCACGCACUUUAUUUCAACGACCCCAUCUGGUCCAACAUGUGGUACAUGCACUGCGGUGACAAGAACAGUCGCUGCCGAUCGGAAAUGAACGUCCAGGCGGCGUGGAAGAGGGGCUACACGGGAAAAAACGUGGUGGUCACCAUCCUCGAUGAUGGCAUCGAAAGGAAUCACCCCGACCUGGCCCCGAAUUAUGAUUCCUACGCCAGCUAUGAUGUCAAUGGAAAUGACUUUGACCCAUCUCCACGCUAUGAUGCCAGCAAUGAAAACAAACACGGCACUCGUUGUGCAGGAGAAGUCGCUGCGUCAGCAAACAACUCCUACUGCAUCGUGGGCAUAGCAUACAAUGCAAAAAUAGGAGGCGUCCGCAUGUUGGACGGUGACGUCACGGAUGUGGUUGAGGCCAAGUCACUGGGCAUCAGACCCAACUACAUCGACAUUUACAGUGCAAGCUGGGGGCCGGACGACGACGGGAGGACGGUGGAUGGGCCAGGCCGGCUGGCGAAGCAGGCUUUCGAGUAUGGCAUUAAAAAGGGCCGCGAAGGCCUGGGCUCCAUCUUCGUCUGGGCCUCAGGGAACGGCGGGAGAGAGGGGGACUACUGCUCGUGCGAUGGCUACACGAACAGCAUCUACACUAUCUCUGUCAGCAGCACCACCGAGAACGGCUACAAGCCCUGGUACCUGGAGGAGUGUCCGUCCACCCUGACUACCACCUACAGCAGCGGGGCCUUUUACGAGCGGAAAAUUGUCACCACGGACCUGCGCCAGCGCUGCACGGAUGGCCACACCGGGACCUCUGUCUCAGCCCCCAUGGUGGCAGGCAUCAUCGCCCUGGCCUUGGAAGCAAACAACCAGCUGACCUGGAGGGACGUCCAGCACCUGCUCGUGAAGACGUCCCGGCCAGCCCACCUGAAGGCAAACGACUGGAAGGUCAACGGGGCCGGGCACAAAGUUAGCCAUCUGUAUGGAUUUGGUUUGGUGGAUGCAGAAGCUCUGGUUCUGGAGGCGAAGAAGUGGAAAGCCGUGCCUUCCCAGCACAUGUGUGUCGCCGCCUCGGACAAGAGGCCCAGGAGCAUCCCCGUGGUGCAGACGCUCCGCACGACCACCCUGACCAGCGCCUGUGCAGACCACUCGGACCAACGCGUGGUCUACCUGGAGCACGUGGUGGCCCGCGUCUCCGUCACCCACCCGCGUCGGGGGGACCUGCAGAUCAACCUCAUCUCUCCCGCCGGAACCAAGUCGCAGCUUCUGGCCAAGAGAUUGCUGGAUCCUUCGAACGAAGGGUUUACAAACUGGGAAUUCAUGACCGUCCACUGCUGGGGAGAGAAGGCUGAAGGGGAAUGGACCUUGGAAAUCCUCGACAUGCCAUCCCAAGUCCGCAACCCAGAGAAGCAAGGGAAAUUGAAAGAAUGGACCCUCAUUUUAUAUGGCACAGCCGAGCACCCAUACAACACCUUCAGUUCCCACCAGUCACGCUCACGAAUGCUGGAGCUUUCGGCGCUGGAGAUGGAGCCACCCAAAGCUGCCGUGUUCCCACCCCAGGCCGAGGUUCCCGAGGAUGAAGAAGAUUACACAGCUCCUCCCACCCAAGGCUCUCCCAAUAUUUUACAGACAAGUGUGUGCCAUCCGGAGUGUGGCGACAAAGGCUGCGAUGGCCCCAAUGCAGACCAGUGCCUGAACUGCGUCCACUUCAGCCUGGGGAGCGCCAAGACCGGCAGGAAGUGCGUGAGCGAGUGCCCCUUGGGCUACUUCGGGGACUCUGCAGCACGGCGCUGUCGCCGGUGCCACAAGGGCUGUGAGACCUGUUCGGGCAGGAGCCCGACCCAGUGCCUGUCUUGCCGUCGCGGCUUCUACCACCAUCAGGAAAUGAAUGCCUGUGUGACCCAGUGUCCUGUGGGAUUCUAUGCUGAUGAGAGUCAGAAAAAUUGCCUUAAAUGCCACCCAAGCUGUAAAAAAUGCAUUGAUGAACCAGAGAAAUGUACUAUCUGUAAAGAAGGAUUCAGCCUUGCAAGGGGAAGCUGCAUCCCAGAUUGUGAGCCAGGCACCUACUUCGACUCUGAGCUGGUCAGAUGUGGGGAGUGCAACCCUACCUGCCAAACCUGUGUGGGGCCCGGCAGAGAAGAAUGUAUUCACUGUGCGAAAGACUUCCACUUCCACGACUGGAAAUGCAUGCCAGCCUGCGGCGAGGGCUUCUACCCAGAGGAGAUGCCAGGCUUGCCCCACAAAGUGUGUCGAAAAUGCGACGAGAACUGCUUGAGCUGCGAAGGCUCAAGCAGAAACUGCAGCAAGUGUAAGGCAGGCUUCACACAGCUGGGGACUUCGUGUAUCACCAACCACACUUGCAGCAAUGCCGACGAGACAUUCUGCGAGAUGGUGAAGUCCAACCGGCUCUGCGAACGGAAGCUGUUCCUUCAGUUCUGCUGCCGCACAUGCCUCCUGGCCGGGUAAGGGCUGGCCGCCCCUCAGAGGGGGCACCUCACGGCCGUCCACCUGCCACCAGACUGUGGGACCUGGGCCAGGGCUCGGGCAGGGCCACACACCUGACAGCUUUACGCGCCAGGAGCCAGGGCCUCCAGCAGCCUUCCUGGCACCCAGCCUCCUUUAAGGAAGGCGUUCUUGAAACGGGGAUAACUUCUUCCAAACUCUGCUUGCUGGCUGCGUACUUCUGGCACACUCGAAACGAGAAGGGAACGAAUUCUGGGAAUCCACAGCUCUAGGAGCCGCAUCUGGGACCCAAGUUUACCAGACCUUCAAGACCAAAGCAGAAAGGAGAGGCGCUUGGCUUGACACAUCACUUCCUACCCCCAUGCUCUGGGCAGCACCAGAAAUCUCGCCUGUCUUUGGAAGUCAGGGAAGGCCGAGUCACUCACCUGCUCAGCCCGUCUGCAACACGGCAGUCCAGGUGACAGCUUGGUUGGACUGUAAAUAAGACAGAUUUGGGGGCGUAAAGCAUAUGACCACUGGGGCUGGAAUAGCUAUUUCUACAUAGCCAGCUACUUCUGAAACUGCGGCAAUGACAUCUUCGAAAGUCAGAUGCAAAGCCCAGAUGGGAAGAUGCUUCCUUUCUCUGCGGUGCUCUGAGUGAGCCGAGCUCCCAUUUCCCAGUGUUCUUUUGGUGUGUCUGGGAACCUCAGGGGCCUGAAAUGAGCACAUCAAACCAGUGCAGGGCCUCCUGGGGAGGGCCCGAAGGAGGCAUCUGGGGGCCAGCCCAAAGCAGUUCCUCUUUAUGAAAUCCAAACCCAGUCCUUGAAUUGUUAAUCAUCUCUCACUUCCCUACUUCUUGGAAUUGCUUUUAAAACCCAACUGGCCUCUGCUUUCCAGGAGACUUCCUCUUAAGGUGGCUGUCCCUGUGUCCAUUAUGAGCCUAUGUGACACAGAUUUAUUGCUGCCAGUCCUGUGCAGGUGUUUUAUAAGCUACAUGUCCUGAUUUUUACCAACAUUAAUUAUUUUGACAAAUAUUUCAUAUAUUUUCAUUGAAAUGCACAAAUCUGCUUGAUCCAUUCCCUUUAAUACGGGAAUAACAUUUGCCUUAAAUCUUUUCGAUCUCGUCUGUCUCCAUUCUGUCCUGCCUCCCCUCUUUUGACUGUAAUGCACUUGCCUUGUCGCCUGUGAGCCAGAGAGAACCAAACCAUUGUUUAUUGAAUCAAUGACUCCGAAAAAGAAAUCAACAAAGCAAAUACAGUGUUAACACUAAAUUAAUAAAAGAGUUAAUUUCCGUGGCAA